UUAGAGUUUGACAGGUAUUUUCGUGGCUGUUGUUUUUUUGUAAAUUAAAAAAACACUAUGGGCUUUGCCAGCUGUUGGUCAAUUUUUGGAUUUUUAACUGGUCUGUUAGGAAGUCUCCUUAUUAUAUUGGCGUUUGCCACCCCAUAUUGGAUUGAACCAGACCAAGGACAUGUUCAAACUACAGGCUUGGAAAGAUUGGGGUUGUGGGAGAUAUGUUUUUCCAGCUAUUCAGAUUACAGAGAUGGGCUUGGACGUGUUUACAAUGGAUGCUGGUGGAUCUUUGCACGGGAAUAUGAUGCCAUCAGGCAGUACAUCAUUACAAGUUGGUUUGCGGCCAGCCAGGCGUUGAUGACAAUCAGCGUGAUUCUGACCAUGCUCAACAACUUGGUUGGUCUCCUCGUUCUCAUCAAGUGUAUGCCCUCCACCCAGCAGAAAUAUGCAGCUCUUUACCUCCUGUCUUCCAAUCUUAUUAUAGGUGUGCUGAUCGCUGUAAGCAGUAUAUAUUUUGGCUCACACGCUGGCACGGACAGGUCUUGGCUGAAGCAGCCCCGAUUUCGACAUCUCUCAUGGUCGUUCUAUCUGGCUGUGAUGGGCGGCAUCGCUGCUUUAUUCUCUUGUAUGUGUUACUGUGUAUACUACAUUAUGAUACGUAAAGGGGGAUCCACAUCAACUGCCUACAGGGCCCAUGAGAUGAGAAGUUAUAGACAUCAUGAAAGUGCGAAUAGAUACUAUCGGUGAGGGACUAUCAGUGUUUUUUGUGACCAUGCAAUUUUGGGCAGAUAUUCCGCCCCGAUUCCAAUAUCAAACAUACCUGUUUAUGUUAUAGAAAAAAUGGACCACAAAUUGCUUAUGUGUGGAAGUGUUAGAGUAUUCUUUAAGAAACAUACUCAAUUACAUUCUUUUUAUCUUUACAGUCUAUAUUUUUAAACAAUUGUGUUGAUUCUAUGUAAAAUUGUACUUCUCAAAUUGAGUCAGAAUGACGCCUUUUUUUCCAAUCAGAAAGACCCCGGCCCUGUUCCUGAAAUGCAGGGGGAGGGGGGCAAAAGCACCGACUACUUUUGACAAAUUAGGAAAUCUGAAUAUUUAAAAUAAAUAGUUACAACUAUGCUCAGAAAAAUAUUUUGAUAUGAAUAUCAUUGGUAGAAGAGCAGAUUUUCAAGCUGUAUACAAUUACAAACCAAUCAACUGGUAACAAAUAUAACAGAACAAUGACCUGAAGAUCAACUCCCAUGUAGCCAAAUCUCAUACAUAUGAUUUCCUUCUAAUCCAAAUCCAUGUACAUAUGUUUGUCCAGGGUUUGUACAUAUUUUUCAUUGGUUAAAAGUGGUUUAAGUGAAUAUCAAAUCAAGAAUAGAUGGUUAGAUUUCAAAUCUCAGGGGCUGAUCCAGAGUUUAUUGUAAAGUAAUAAAACAUGCUCAAAUGUACCAUUUCGGACUUGCAUUGUUUAAAUCUUCUUGGGCAUGUCAAAAGUAUGUGCCCCUAUUAGUUAUGGCACAUAACUUAGAGGCACAAAUUUUUGACAUGCGCCCCUUCAUCUGAAACAUAAUUGAUAUGGUUUAAAAUGUAUGCAUGGGGGUUGGGGUGCAAACUUUUGACAUGCCCAAGAAGAUUUUAACAAUUCAAGUCAGAAAUUUUUUCUCCAAUAAUUGACAUAAAAAGUAAACGUGAAUGAUUUUUUUGGGGGUGGAGCCUCCCAUACUAAAACCAAAAGGGUAUCUAGAUUAGCUAUGAUGAUGAAGCCCUAUUUGACCAUUAUAUUUUUUUCAUAUUUAAUAGAUGUGCAUAAUUCUAUGUCUAUAUUUGGAGAAAAAAAGUUACAGCCUUGUUAAUGGAACAAUAUAAAGUCUUUUUAAAAAAAAUGUUUUUUUGUAAAUCCAUUUUUAUGAGCCACGCACAUUGACCGCUUACACUGGGCCCAUAAGAUGAGAAGUCAUAGACAAAGCAUUCCCACGUUGGGUGCAAAAUGCAGUUUAAACUGCACAAAUUCCUAGGGAUCAAACCCAUGACCACUCGCUAAGUAGCUCUGCAGGCGGACAUUUUUAACCGCAUUGUUAUAAAAACUAGCUCUAUAGGGAGACAGUACAAUUUAUAAUGAGCCGCUAUAUAUAUAUAUAUAUAUAUAUAUAUAUAUCAAAUGCCUGUUUACACUUAUGAAAUUUUUGUUAUGAUUUAUUUUACUGAUUUUAAAUCACUGGGAACCCAAUUUGACAAUUAUAGAUUUUUUUUAUUUCAUAGCUGUGCAUUCAAUUUUUCCACUCUUUAUAAAUGCCUUCGCCCAAUUUUCUCUGGUGGAGAUCAUACAAAAGAUUUUUUUAAACUGCUUGAUCAUAAUGAUUUCAUGAAUAUAUUGUAUGUUAUUUGUUUUUUAGAUGUAGAGCAUCUGUUGUUUAAUUGUUAUUAAGGCUUUUUGCAUACAUAUCUUGUGGUUUUUUUAUUAUUUGGCAUAUUGGAGUAGAAUUAUAAUGACAAUGUUUCUGUAUUUUUUGAGCAGAGAUUGCAUCUUAUAAUCAAUCUUGCAUAUAUUUAGGCAUAUGUAAUACGGCACCCACAAUCCAAGUUAUUGAGAUUAUAAAAGAGUUCUUCAGCGAGGGUGUAUUAUUUCAAUCAAGAAUGUUUCGGGUGAUGUUACUGUUUGGUACCAAUUUUUUUCAAGGACAACGCUGAAGUAAACAACAAGCAGUAUAAGUAAAUAGUUUGUAAUUUAUGGCGUUACGCCCAUUCUAUGUGUUACCAUUCCAUUACUGGAGUUCCGAAAUUUUUUAAAAGAGUUUACAAAAAAAAGAGUCUCCAACAUGGUACAAAUAAAGUUUCAUGCUCAUUUAAGAUUUUACCAGACGAGUUCAUUUCCUUAUUUUUAGACCUUUAUGUAUUGUUUUUAAUAUUGUUGUAAAUUUAUGUAUAUAUCAAUCCAAUUACUGCUUUACCUUAUAUGUCCGAAUGGCCUUUGUUAUUGUUUCUUCAUAUAUAUAUUACAUUUUACAGGGCAUAAAUAGAUUUAGCAUAUAAUGCACCGCCAUCAGUUAUUUUGUAUAUUAAGAUAUAAGGCCAUGCUUAAUUGAUUCAAUGUUUACAAAUUAUCCAAAAGCUUACCAAACUCUUAAAAAGAAGAAAUAUGAUUGGCUUCAACUUCAUAAUUCAAAUAACAAUGAUUUGAGUCAAGGCAUUUAUCACAUACAAGAAUUUCCUAGAAGUAUUUACCUGCAAUUACACAACUGUAUAAAAAUAGAUUUAUAUAAGUUAUCCAUAUGUUAUUUUUCGGCUAGUUUGCCCAUUUAAGCAAUUUGAUUGGUCAUCAGUAUGUAUUAGAUAAAUAUUGACCAAUCAAUAAAGGUUUUGGCUUACUUUAACCGAACCAAAGAAAAUUUAUGCAAUUGGCUUCAGGUGCUUUCUUAUGAUUUUCAUUGGUGAACACUGCUAUCAAGGACUUUCUGUUGUUAAGAGAGUAUUAGAUUUUUUCAUGGCACAUUUUUUUUUCAUACCAGAUAGGUUAGUUUUAAAAUUGAAAUCUGAAAGUGAUACAAAGAAUCAAUUUUUUAUGGCCUUGUCUUUGUAAGGUAAAUGUAUUAAUCACCAUUUUAUAUUGUUCACCUAGAAUCUUAAAGGUUGGUGAAAUACCUUAGCAUGUGUUUAACUGAUGUAAUCUUUUGAUUAUUUUCUUAUGAAACCUGUCUUUAUUUUCAUAGAAGAAAGAAGAGUGUUAUUGUCAAAGCCUUGGUGUUGUUGGCCUAUAAGUGCAAACAUUUGCCAUAACUUAAAAACAGUUAAGUUAUUCUCAUUAGACUUGGUACAAAUGUGACUAGCUGCAGUAUACACAUGUGUAAUAAGGCCCACUACUCUGGCUUUGGUCAUUGUCAAGUUAUGUCCCUUUUUCAACUGAAAUAAAGUAACAGACAAAUGUUGGCAUUGUGUUUGCUUUGUGGCACCCUUCUUAAGUAGAAUAUUUAAAAUUUAGGCUUACUUUUUAAGUACUUAUCAAUGUUAUUAUAAAACAAAUGGUUUCCAUAGUUCAGACAAAAUGAAGCAUAUCUUCUAUUUAUAUUCUUUGUAUUAGUCAAUGGACUUUUUAGUGUUGUAACAGUAUGUACGCGUGUAUUACUAAACAUAUUAUGAAAAUGGUCGCAUAUAUAUUGUAUAUAUGUACCUUAUUAAUGUUUUUAUUAUUUCCUUGAACAAAUAGAUUUAAGAUAGUGGAUGUAUAUAUUUAUGAAAUGGCAUCUGCAGUAAGAUUUCAUAGGGACCAGCGAUAACAGAAAAACAUACCAUAGUUUUAAAUAAACUUUGUUAAGCAGUUUGGGGUGCAUUUUCAUUGUGAAUUGAAAUGUGUAAAUAUAUUAAAAAGGUUUUUAUAUAAAUGUUUAUACAUGUUUUAUUAAUUAUUUUUUAUUAACAUGAUUAUUUAUCACACAAAGAAUAGCUGUGUCACAUAAUUAUUUAAAAAAAGAUAAAAUGAAACAUUUUUAGCUCUACUGGCCAAAGGCCAGAAGAGCUUAUGCGAUGGUAAUGUGAACGUAGUAAAAAAAAUCAGUGCGUCUAUAAACAAUUCCUUGUUAACACGAUACAGCCUUCAGUUUUGAUUGUAUCUUGAUGAAACUUGUACAGUAUCUACAUAUCCAUUAGAGCUCGGUUCCUUUCGAAAACCAGCCAGAUCCCAUGCAUGCCUAGAUUAUGGGCCUUGAUAUUAUAAAAUAUCAGUGCGCCUGUAAACAAUUCCUUGCGAACAUGAUACAGUCUUCAGUUUUGAUUGUAUCUCGAUGAAACUUGUACAGUAUUCAGAUAUCCAUAAGAGGUUGGUUCCUUUCGAAAACAGUGAUGUUGACCACACAAACCCAGCCAGUAGAGCAUAGGCCCUUUUGGGCCUCUUGUUUUUAAUGCUUUAAUUAAUUGAUAUUUGUAAUAAAGCCGAUUUCUUGUUA